GGGUCAGACAGUAUAUAAAUCUGAGCCCAGCUGAACUCGUCAGUCGCUUCUCACAUAGGACACAUUAAGGCCGAACUGUGAGAGCUCACUCAGCUUCUUCUUCUUCCGAUAACUCAACUUCCGACACAAUUUGUCAGAUUCAGGAAACAUGCGUGAGUGUAUCUCCGUGCACGUUGGUCAGGCGGGUGUGCAGAUUGGCAAUGCCUGCUGGGAGCUGUACUGCCUGGAACAUGGCAUCCAGCCGGACGGUCAGAUGCCCAGUGACAAGACUGUCGGAGGAGGAGACGACGCCUUCAACACAUUCUUCAGCGAGACUGGAGCUGGGAAGCACGUUCCCAGGGCAGUGUUUGUUGACCUGGAGCCCACCGUCAUCGAUGAGGUGCGCACUGGAACAUACCGCCAGCUGUUCCACCCCGAGCAGCUGAUCACUGGUAAGGAGGAUGCUGCCAACAACUACGCCCGAGGACACUACACCGUCGGUAAAGAGGUCAUUGACCUGGUUCUGGAAAGGAUCCGCAAACUGGUGAGUAACUUGACACAGGAGCAGCUCCGUUUCCUCAUUUUUUUACUGAAGCACAAAAUUAUAUUUCAUAUUGUUUUAACCAUCUCCCUCUGUCUUCAGUCCGACCAGUGCACUGGUCUUCAGGGCUUCCUGGUUUUCCACAGCUUCGGCGGUGGCACUGGCUCUGGUUUCACCUCCCUGCUGAUGGAGCGUCUGUCUGUCGACUACGGCAAGAAGUCCAAGCUGGAGUUCUCCAUCUACCCGGCUCCCCAGGUGUCCACCGCCGUGGUGGAGCCCUACAACGCCAUCCUCACCACCCACACCACGCUGGAGCACUCCGACUGUUCCUUUAUGGUGGACAACGAGGCCAUCUACGAUAUCUGCCGUAGGAACCUGGAUAUCGAGCGUCCUUCCUACACCAACCUGAACAGGUUGAUCAGUCAGAUCGUGUCCUCCAUCACCGCCUCCCUCCGUUUCGACGGCGCCCUCAAUGUCGAUCUGACCGAGUUCCAGACCAACCUGGUGCCGUAUCCCCGUAUCCACUUCCCUCUUGCCACCUACGCUCCCGUCAUCUCUGCUGAGAAGGCGUACCACGAGCAAAUAACGGUGUCUGAGAUCACAAACGCCUGCUUCGAGCCGGCCAACCAGCUGGUGAAAUGUGACCCUCGCCACGGUAAGUACAUGGCCUGCUGCCUGCUUUACCGUGGGGACGUGGUGCCCAAAGAUGUCAACGCUGCCAUUGCCACCAUCAAAACCAAGCGCUCCAUCCAGUUUGUGGACUGGUGUCCAACUGGUUUCAAGGUGGGCAUCAACUACCAGCCGCCCACUGUGGUUCCUGGUGGCGACCUGGCCAAGGUCCAGAGGGCCGUGUGCAUGCUGAGCAACACCACUGCUAUCGCCGAGGCCUGGGCUCGGCUUGACCACAAGUUCGACCUGAUGUACGCCAAGCGCGCCUUCGUUCACUGGUACGUGGGCGAGGGUAUGGAGGAGGGGGAGUUCUCCGAGGCCAGGGAGGACAUGGCGGCUCUGGAGAAGGAUUACGAGGAGGUUGGAACUGACAGUUUGGGAGAUGAUGAUGAUGAUGAAGGAGAAGAGUAUUAAACAAAAAAAAGAGAUGCAUUCCAUUGUUGAAGCUCUGUGCCUUUUGUCAAAAUAUCCAAAAUAAAUUUUGUUCUUUGACUGCA